AUGGGUAACUAGUAAGUAGUAAGUUGACAAAUGGAAUUAGGAAGAAAACACAUUCUUCCCCAUGUUAGUGUCGGAUGUUUAUUCAAUACUUCCAAAUUUCACAGAGUGUCCCAUUACCUUCUUCAAGAUCUCAACCCCCUGCUUUUUUAAAUUAAAAACAGAGAAUUAUUAAUCUUCCCCAUGUUAUCUGCUUAACUGCUACUGCUUACAUAUAAUUUUAUCACCACUUCACUUCCACUCACCUUCUCUAUCCAGAUCCAAAAUGAUCGAAAUUUAACCCAACUCUUCAAGAAACAGAGCCACCACCGCCAUGUCGAAACCCCAUUUUUGGUUCUUCUUCUUCUUGUUCUGUUGUUCCUCGGUGUUUUCAAAGGUCGUAGAGGAGAACGAUCAAGCAUCGAUCCUGUUGACAAUCAAAUCACACCUUAUUGAUCCUCUCGAUCAGCUAAAAGAUUGGAAGAUCUCUGAAGAACCCAAUGGCCAUUGUAACUGGACCGGAAUUGAGUGUAAUUCCAAUGGAAGAAUCGAAAAGCUUGAUCUUUCACGUCGGAAUAUCAGUGGACUCGUCUCUGAUGACAUUCAACUUCUCCGGAGUCUCACUUCCAUCAAUUUAUGCUGCAAUGGGUUCUCAUCUGCAUUGCCCAGAUCACUUUCGAAUCUUACACUGCUAGAAACUGUUGAUGUGAGUCAGAAUUACUUCAUUGAUUCCUUCCCGAAAGGUUUAGGAAUGGCGAUCGGAUUGACAUUACUCAAUGCCUCCAGCAACAAUUUCUCAGGCGAUAUCCCAGAUCUUGGGAACAAUACCAGGCUGGAAACGUUGGAUUUGAGAGGGAAUUUCUUCGUUGGUUCGAUUCCGGUGUCGUUCAAGAAUCUGAGAAAGUUAAACUUUCUCGGGCUCUCGGGGAAUAAUCUAACUGGGUCAAUUCCAAAGGUAAUUGGAGAGCUUUCAUCUCUGGAGAGUAUCGUUAUUGGGUACAAUGAGUUUGUGGGUGGAAUUCCGUCGGAAUUCGGGAACUUGACGAACCUGAAGUAUUUUGAUUUGGCAUACGGGAAUCUCGACGGUUUGAUUCCCCCAGAAUUGGGGAAUCUGAAGGGGUUAGAAGCAAUGUUCUUGUAUAAAAACAAAUUCACAGGAAAGAUCCCUUCCGAGAUCGGGAAGUUGACUUCCCUUACUCAGUUGGAUCUCUCUGAUAACAUGUUAUCAGGAGAGAUCCCAGCUGAGAUAUCAGCAUUGAAGAGCUUACAGCUCUUCAAUGUGAUGUCAAAUAGACUCACGGGUUCGAUUCCGCCAGGAAUCGGUAGCCUAACUCAAUUGGGCGUCCUCGAGUUAUGGAACAAUUCCUUUUCCGGUUCUCUACCGGAUGAUCUCGGCUUGAAUUCCCCUCUGGAAUGGGUUGAUGUAUCAUCGAAUUCAUUCACCGGACGGAUUCCGGAAAACUUAUGUCAUCAAGGUAAUCUCACGAAAUUAAUUCUAUUCAACAAUGCCUUUUCGGGUCCGAUUCCGGUCGGUUUGUCGACUUGUAACUCAUUGGUUCGUGUUCGUAUGCAAAACAACUUCCUUUCCGGGGUAAUUCCGGUUGGAUUUGGUAGUCUUGAGAAGCUUCAAAGACUGGAAUUGGCAGACAACAAUCUAACCGGUCAAAUUCCAAACGACAUUUCAUUGUCAACUUCCCUUUCUUUCAUAGAUCUUUCACGAAAUCGACUUCAAUCAACACUUCCGUCCUCGAUUCUCUCCAUUCCCAAUCUUCAAAACUUUCUGGUCUCUGAAAACAGUUUCACUGGGAAAAUCCCAAAUCAAUUCCAGGAUUGCCCUUCACUUUCGAUUCUUGAUCUUUCUUCCAACCAGUUCACUGGAACUGUUCCUGCAAGUAUUGCUUCCUGCCAGAAGUUGGUGUCCUUGAAUCUCCGGAAUAACCAACUCACCGGAGAAAUCCCGGUUCCAAUUUCUAUGAUGGGCACGCUCGCCGUUCUUGAUCUGUCCAACAAUUCAUUGACAGGUGGCAUCCCAGAAAACUUCGGGAAUUCUCCGGCAUUGGAAUCGCUUAAUGUAUCUUACAACAGACUUCAAGGCCCAGUUCCGAUGAACGGAAUGCUCAGGACAAUAAACCCCAGUGAUCUCGUUGGAAACAGUGAUCUAUGUGGUAACGUGCUGCCACCAUGCACCGGUGCUAUGGCUAAAGCUUCAAAACACAAAGGCUUGCACACGAAGCACGUGAUCGCCGGUUGGGUGAUCGGAAUGUCGGUGGUGUUAGCUGUUUUUUUGGCCGCAUUCGCCGGAAAAGCUCUGUACAGUAAAUGGUACACGAAUGGAAGCUGUUUCGAGGACAGAUCCGAGAUGGGAAAAGGAGAAUGGCCAUGGCGGCUUAUGGCGUUUCAGAAACUCAAUUUCAACAGCAAUGACAUCCUGAAUUGCAUAAAGGAAGCGAACGUGAUCGGAAUGGGAGCCACCGGAGUGGUCUACAAAGCAGACAUUCAACGAACGAACACAGUCGUGGCGGUCAAAAAGCUUUGGAGCACGAAGAACGACAUCGAGUUGGGAAGCAGCGCUGGUGAUUUCGUCGGAGAAGUGAACGUCCUGGGAAAACUCCGGCACCGGAAUAUCGUCAGAUUGUUAGGGUUUCUCCAUAACGACAAAAACGCGAUGAUUGUUUAUGAGUACAUGACAAACGGGAGUCUCGGCGAAGCGCUACAUGGACAAGCAAGGCUGUUGGUGGAUUGGGUUUCGCGGUAUAACAUUGCCGUCGGAGUUGCUCAGGGGCUGGCUUAUCUCCACCACGACUGUCACCCGCCGGUGAUCCACCGUGAUGUAAAGCCGAAUAACAUUUUACUCGACGGAAAUCUGGACGCCCGGAUUGCUGAUUUCGGGCUGGCAAGGAUGAUGGUAAAGAAGAACGAAACAGUAACAAUGGUUGCCGGAUCUUAUGGUUACAUCGCUCCCGAAUACGGUUACACAUUAAAGGUCGACGAGAAAAGCGAUAUAUACAGUUACGGGGUGGUUCUGAUGGAACUUGUCACCGGAAAACGGCCGAUAGAAGCCGAAUUCGGAGAUUCAGUCGACAUCGUUGAAUGGGUUAGAAGAAAAAUACGAGAAAACAAAUCGUUAACAGAAGUAGUCGAUCUGAAUGUAGGAAACUGCAAACAUGUAGAAGAAGAGAUGGUUUUAGUCCUCCGAAUAGCCCUAAUAUGCACGGCAAAGCUUCCGAAGGAUCGACCCUCCAUGCGGGACGUCAUAAGCAUGCUCGAGGAGGCCAGACCUCGGAGAAAAAGUAACAGUAAUACUAAUACCAUUAAUGGCGGAUUGAGUUCUGCAAAUAGUGAUAAAGAUAAAGAUAGACCGGUGUUUAGCCCGUCGCCUGUAAACGGCCUUUUGUAAGAAGAUGUUCCGUGACGGGUUCGAAUCACGUGGACGGUUAACAAGAGUUAUGUUAAUUUUGUGUAGAGAUUAUUAUUCACAUUUUGUAAGUUUAUUGAGUCUGUUAAUUAUGUGUAGAAGUAUGUUGUUGAUUCUUAUUGAAAAUAAUGUAAACAUAACACUCAUUCUUAUCGUUAAAUGAGUUCCGACUUUAA